CAAAAUAUGAGUGGAAUGAUGAAAUCUUUAUAUAUUGAAGACAAUUAAUCAAUUUGUUUAAAAGACAUACCUAUUCCUUAACCCUAAAAUGGUUAAGUAUUGAUUAAGGUAGAAUAUGCUCCAGUAAAUCCAUUUGAUAAAGAAUUUCUAAAUGGACAUAAAAUAACUUUAAAACCAUUAGUAAGUAGUGUCCCUGGAUUUGAAGGAUCAGGUACAGUGAUAGCUUCAGGGUAACUAUAAAUAUUUUAAAUAUUUAGUGGAGGAUUAUUAGGUUGGCAAUUAAAAGGAAAUCGAGUAGCAUUUUACACAGAACAUUAAUUUGGAGCUUUUGGUUAAUAUGCCAUUGCAGAUGUUAAUUAUUGUGCUCAAUUACCUAAACAUGUUACCUUCUAAGAAAGUUGUUGUAGUUAUAUCAAUCCUUUAUCUGUUUUAAUGAUGCAUUAAUUAAUUGGAAAUGCUCAUGGAAUAAUAUCCACUGGAGCAUCUACUAAUAUAGGAAGAAUGCUUACAAGAUAUUCCUAAUAUAAAGGAAUAAAUGUCAUUAAUAUUGUAUAAUCCUAAACUGAAGAAAAAAUAUUAAAGGAUGAAGGAGCUAAACUUAUAUUAAAUAUUAAUUAAGAGGAUUUUGAUGAAAAAUUAAAACUCAUGUCUUCUUCAUAUAAGUAUUAUAUCAUCUAUUAAUACUAAGUACAACAGUUUUGUUUGAUUCAGUUGGAGGUGAUUAAUUAAGUAGAAUAUUAAAUCUAAUGCCUUAUGGAUCAAGAACAUAUCUUUAUGGUAAUCAUUCAAAACAAUCACUUGAAGGAAUCUAUUGUGCUAAUUUAAUGUAUCAAAAUAAAAAAAUAUUUGGGUAAUUGUGAUAAAUACUGUUAGAUUUUCAUUUGUAGAUAAUUUAUAAACUAAAAAUAUUAUUCAAUUAAAGUUGAUGAUGAAUGAAGUCUUAAACAAUAUUUAAGGAUAUUUUAAAACUCUACCAACAAAAAUAGUAAUUUUAUUUAUUAAAAUAAGUUUACAUUAGAAGAAUUUGAAAAAGCCCUAGAAUCUAAGGAGAAAGCAAUUUUCAAAAUUUGAUACUGUUUUGUUUUGUUGAUUUAUAAUUAU